AUGGGGUUCCUCCAAGACAAGCUAGUGAUCCUUCAGGUGUGCACUCUCAUGGCCUUCUACGCCGAUCAAUUCAACUGUAGCGAAGUAUCCAUACCCUACGCCUCACAAGCUGUGCAGCACACACAAACACUUGGGCUUCAUCUGGGCUGGCCUGACGACGACCCGCAGGCAAAGAAGGCCAAGCGCUUGUUCUGGUGUGUUUGGGUCGUUGAUCGGCUCAAUGCCGCCACCAACGGCAGACCGGUCAUGAUGCAUCGGCAAGACAUAGAGCCUACCAUUCUCACGUCUUCUGUCGAGCAGGCACCCGCAUUUCAACUCCUCAUCAGGGUCUCGCAAUUCCUCGACGCCGUCAUUGCCCAGUAUCGUCCAAGAUCCGCAGAUGCAGAGGCCUUGCCGCAAUCUGACACCACAAUCGAAGUCUAUUAUCUUGCUGUUGUCAUCCUGCAAAAUCGGCCAAGAGAGCAUACGGAGCGGCAUCAACCGCCGCCUAGCAGUGAGCUUCAGAUGUUCGCCGCCACAAGUAUCGUUGCCAUCACCUUGGAAGACUUCAAAACUUCGGUAACGCUUCUGCCCAUCGUUCCAUAUGCGGUAUCCUUGGCCGCUUCUGUGGCCUACAAAACACUGAGGAAUAGUGCCAUGGUAUAUCGCCGGAAAAGGGCGUACGCCUUGUUCCAUGGUAGCUGUGAGAUUCUUGACGACCUGAGCUCGGUGUUUGCUUCGGCAAGAGCAGUGGCGAAACUUGCUACAGAUACCAUGCAGGAAGUAGAAAGAGUCGCGGCCGACAGAAGCAAGGCGAGACGAAGGCCCCAGUUCUCGGAAUCGAUCGCGCGCGACCCUUCCAGCGCCAUGGAGCCUGCUGCGGAAAGCGAAGAACAGCGUAUACAGGCAGAGGCGUUGCAGGAAGCGCCGAGCGAGGAGACGCAAGGAAUGGGGCAAACUGCUCAGCCUGCCAUGGUUUCGUCCGAUGCCUUAAAGAACCUGACCUGGGGCGACUCACCUUCCAUGAUUAACGACUGCAUUGGUGACGCGGAAUUAUUCAACAAUUUGGAUCCGAGCUUCGACCUGGAUCGCAUUGAUCAACUCUUCUCAGCCAAUUUGGACCCGACACAGCCGCUGCCUACUCAGUCAUGGAAGGAAGGCGACAUAUCGUCAGUGUUCCGCUCACUCUCUGGCAGCGAUGAAGCGGAAAAACUGCCCCAGCGUUUCGCAGAUGUGAAGAAAUCCUUGGUCCAAGAUAGGGCUGCUCUCCAUGCAAGCUGGGAUCGGCUUCUGCUGAAGCUCAGGGACGAGACACAAAUCGUCAAGGCGCAAGGCUCGAGCUGCAUUCCUCAAAUCGACUUUUCCGAUAUAUACAAUGCCCCGAGAAAAUUCAGCUCUGCCCUCCGGAAGCGUGGAGUCGCCAUUGUCAGAGGCGUAGUUCCUGAAAAGGAGGCGCGCGAGUUCAAGGAGGAGACUGAACGAUACGUGGCAGCAAAUCCUUCCACAAAGGCCGACAAUCCAGCCGUUUUCGAGCUGUACUGGUCGAGACCUCAGCUUGCGGGUCGCCUUCACCAAAACAUGUUGGAUGUCCAGCGUUUCCUGAUGUCUCAUUACCAUUCUCGGACGCCGCACGCCAUGUGCUCAACACAGCAGCCUCUGGUGUACGCAGAUCGCAUUCGCAUCCGUCAGCCUGGCGACGCUGGCUUUGCUCUAGGUCCACACAUCGACGGUGGCAGUGUUGAGCGGUGGGAGAAGGAAGGCUACGGCAAGGGUCACGUAUACGAUAAGGUGUUUGAGGGCAAGUGGGAGGAGUUUGACCCGUGGGAGCUCAGCACACGACUCGAUGCGACACAAGAUCUCUACCAGGGAGCUGGAGCCUGCUCAAUGUUCCGCAUGUUCCAGGGGUGGCUGAGCAUGUCGCAUACUGGCCCACGCGAGGGUACCUUGUUGGUGAAUCCGUUGCUCUCACUAUCCACGGCUUACUGCCUUCUUCGACCCUUCUUCACGCCGAAACGCCAGCCGAACCAGUCCAGCAGUCCAUCAGAUUACCCCUCCGAAUAUCUGGCUCCGGACAAUUGGGUAUGGGCAGACGAAACGUCGCCAGAUAUCCAAGGUGCCUGGCCCGGGAACUGUCAGGAGCUGAACCACACAUGGCACCCUCACCUCGACUUGCCCCAUACCAUGGUGCACGUCCCUCAGAUCAAGCCAGGAGACUAUGUGGCAUGGCACUGCGAUACGAUUCAUGCGGUUGACAUGGUCCACGAGGGCCAGUCGGACUCGAGCGUCAUGUACAUACCUGCUUGCCCCAUGACAAAGCUCAAUGUAGAGUAUGCGCGUCAACAGCGUGAGGGCUUCCUACAGGGGAUCCCCCCCGCUGAUUUCCCAGGGGGUGUGGGCGAAAGUCAGCAUGUUGGACGGCCUGAUGUUAAUGCGGUCUUGACGAUGGCUGGUCAGGAUGCCCUGCGCGGGUUUGGUAUGGCACCGUUCGCUACUGAAGAAGGGAGGAGUGAAGGCGAGAGGGCAAUUUUCAACCGCUCAGGCGGCACUAGCGGACGCAACAUGAGCUUCGCCAUCGAGGUGCCGGGGGGCGCCAACCCGUUGAACUUCCAGGAUCUCUGUCGGACGCUCAGCUCGGCGACAACAUCACUCGACUAUGCGCAGCGGCAAGCGGCCGAGCAGCAGCUGACAUCAUGGGAGACGACGCCUGGAUACUACAGUUCACUCCAGGCCGUUUACCUCGACAAGUCGCUUCCCAUCGAGCCACGCUUCCAGGCCGUCAUCCAGCUCAAAAAUGGUAUCGACAAGCACUGGCGUCACUACGCCGCGGCCAAGCAGGGAAUAUCAUCUGACGAGAAGAAUGCGAUCCGCCAGCGCCUCUUCGAAGGUACCGUUGACGAGGUCGAGGAGCGACUCGCCGAACACAAUGCAUAUGUAACGGCCAAGAUUGUGCGCAUCGACUACCCGAGCGACUGGCCGGACGCGCUUUCACAAAUCAUCUCCCUUCUCCGGUCUUCGAGGGACAGGGACCAGAGGAAGCUAUUUGGGUCCCUGCAGAUCCUGCUACAGGUGGUCAAGGAGCUGGGCACGGCGAGGUUAAAGAAGAGCCAGACGGCACUGCAAUCAGUUACGCCCGAGAUUGUGCAUGUCCUAUUGGAAAUAUACGCAGAGAGGUCGGAGCUAUGGAUCAACUACUUGACAAAUCGACAGGGCGACGAGCAGGCGGCGUACCUGGCCAUGUCGAAUAGUCUCAUCGCCCUCAAGGUUCUACGACGUCUGGUUCUUGUCGGCUACGAGAGGCCGCAUGGCGACGAGACAGUGACACGCUUCUGGGGACUGUCGCAGAAUCAGUUUGGGAAACUGCUGGGCUUCGUCAGCGAGGAGGCUGGCAUGCCGGAGCAGUUUCAAAAGGUCGCUGCCGGCCAUUUGAUUCAAUUCACAAAGCUUCAUAUCAAUAUGGCCGAGCAACAUCCGGCAAGCUUUGCGAACCUACCGGAAUCUUUGUCUCUGAUACACGCCUAUUGGGAUCUUGUGUCCAAGUUUGCCGAAGUGUACGGGAAUUCCGGAGGCAUCCGACAGAACAGUGGCUCAGGAAGUGCCAAGGCCAAGGUCGAGGGCCCGCUGCCCGAGAAGCUGGCCGUCAAGGGGCUUUUGCUCUUGCGUGCCUGCGUGCGGAUAGCCUUCAUGCCCGUCCAGACCUUCAAGUACCGUAGUCCGGAGACCAAGGCGGAGCAAGAGGCGGCCAGGGCCAUGAUCAAGACGGAACUGUUCAAACCUCACCUCGUGGUACAGAUCGUGAACUGCAUCAUCACAUAUCUGUUCGUCUUCCGCAAAUCGGAUCUCGAAGCGUGGGAGGAGGAUCCCGAGGAAUGGGAGAAAGAGCAGCAAAGCGAGAGUGACGCAUACGAAUGGCAGGUCCGACCAUGUGCGGAGAGGCUAUUCCUAGACUUGCUCACUCAGUUCAAGGAUCUUCUGAUCCAGCCACUCAUGUCAUAUUUCCAGUCGGCACAGGAUCCCCAUUCCGACAUUGCGACAAAGGAAGCCGUGUAUACGGCCAUGGGCAACGCCGCGGCCCAUGUUGUCAACGUCUUUGACUUUGAUGGCUUCCUGGCGACGACAGUUCUGCAAGACGCGCAACAGACUGGAGCCUUGAACAAGGUCCUCAGACGGAGGAUAGCCAUCUUGUUAAGUCAAUGGGCGCCGGUGAAACUGGCCGACGAGAGUCGCCCGAUUGUCUACCAGAUCUUCCGCCACUUCCUGGACCCCAAUGACGAGGCGAACGAUUUGGUGGUGCGGAUCACGACAGCGAGACAAUUGAGGUGGAUCGCGGACGAGCUCGACUUCAGCGUGGACUCAUUCUUGCCGUACACGGCGGACGUCUUGAGCCAGCUCAUUGGGCUGAUUCAACAUGUGGAGGUUGACGAGACGAAACUUGCCAUUCUCGAGUCGGUCCGUAUUAUUGUCACCCGUAUGGAGGACCAAGUAUCCCAAUUUGGCGACCAGCUCAUGUCAAACCUACCUUCUGUGUGGGAGAACACGGGCAACGAAGAGUAUAUGAUCAAGCAGGCUGUGAUUGCCAUCUUUGCGGCUCUCGUUAUGAGCAUGGGAACUGCCUCGCAGCGCUACCAGCACCUCAUGGUGCCCUUGAUCUCAGAGGCAGUGCGACAAGGGUCUGAUCUCCACGUGCACCUCAUUGACGAAUCGCUCGAGCUUUGGAACGCCGUCCUCAUGCAAAGCACAGCGCCGCUGUCACCGGAACUCAUUGGUCUGGCCGAGAUGGCGCUGCCCUUACUGGAGUAUUCGUCGCUCACAGCUGGCGAGGCACUCAACGCUGUGGAAUCGUACAUACUCUUUGCGCCGAGCGCCAUGCUGGAAGACAGGCUUCGACGUCCCACCUUGACUGCCCUUCUUGGCAUCCUGGAUUCUAAGAGCCGGGAGCAAGUCCGCAGCGGCACGACCUGCAUCGAAUAUUUCAUCCGGUCGGCUGUGGAUCUUGGUGGUUCGAGUGGCGUGACUUUGAUCAUCCAGGACAUGGUGGAGCUGGGAUUCCUUCCGAAGAUUCUGGGCGAUCUGCACAAUGCCUGGGAGGCACAUCAAACGACAGGGCCGAACCGCAAGAUCAGCAAGCUCAACACGGUUACUGAGAGCGACUACCUCGCCAUCAUAGCGCGACUCGCGCUCGCCGAACCCACAGUGUUCACCCAGAUGAUUGACUCUCUGGGUGGUGUUGAGAGCACUUGGUCUUGGCUGUCUGCGGAAUGGUUCGAGCAGGCGCACGACAUGGACAACAUUGAGCGUCAAAAGCUGUACCUCCUCGCCCUCACGCGCCUCCUCGAACUUCCGUCCCCGGUCCAGGAGUUGACUCUCGGCAAGCUUCAAGACUAUUUUCUGCUGUGGACGAACGUUAUCUCGGAUCUGCAAGACGGCAGGCAGAAUGCGACGGACUGUCUCAUCCUCGAGACGCCAGAGCCUACGGAAUAUGAUACCCCAAAGUUGAUAGCAGAGCGAGGGAUGAUGAUGCGCGAUCCGAUACAUACAAUGCAUGCUUACGCCUUUGUCAGAGAGAGAUUGCAGGACCUUGUGGCGCGCGUGGGAGGCGAGGCUGCCUUUGAGGAGCAGUGGGUGGUCAACGUGGAUGGAGAUGUCAUGAUGAGGUUCAGAGAGGUUGCCAACUCUAUGCAGUGA